CUGAGCCAGCGAAAUGUAAGUCACAUGUUACCGAGCAAAGCCGAACUGGAAGUCGCUGCUGCUGCGGGCAAAACGGUGGGAUGGCAACCCAGACGAACAUGGCGACAGGCGAGAGCACCGACACAUUAGAAACUUGGUUGAAUAAAGUGACAGACCCAAGUAAUACAACAGACAGGUGGGACUGCAUUCAAGGGUUCUAUGAGCAGGUCAACAGAGAACCAGAUGGGCCUCAGGUUGCCACUCGCCUUCUGGCCCAUAAGAUCCAGUCUCCGCAGGAAAAGGAGGCACUGCAGGCACUUACACUACUGGAGGCCUGCAUGAACUACUGUGGGAAGAGAUUCCAGAGUGAGGCUGCGAAGUUUCGAUUUCUGAACGAACUCAUCAAAGUUCUCUCACCAAAGUACCUGGGAUCGUACAGCCCAGAGGCCGUGAAGCAGAGGGUGACCGAGGUUCUCUACAGCUGGACUACAUGGCUGAAGGACGAGGCCAAGGUCCAGGAGGCCUACCGCAUGCUCAAGAAACAAGGGGUGAUCAAGAAAGACCCCAAGCUACCUGCUACCAUAGUAAUGCCACCGCCAACACAAAGACCGGAAGGUUCUCUCUUUGACGACGAAGACAAAUCUAAGCUGUUGGCACGGUUACUGAAGAGCAAUAAAGCAGAGGAUCUGCAGACUGCCAAUCGCCUGAUCAAGAACACCAUCAAAGAGGAGCAGGAGAAGGUGGAGCGGGUGAGCCGACGCAUCAGCACGCUGGAGGAGGUGGAGAAAAGCACGGCCCAGCUCAGAGAGCUGCUGGAGCAGCACAGGAGCAGCAGCGCACACAUGCCAGCCACGCCCCACAUGAAGACUGUUUAUGAACGCUGUGACAAGCUCAGACCCAACCUCUUCCGUCUGGCCAGCGACACUGUGGACGACGACGAGGCCUUAGCUUUAAUUCUGAAGGCCAACGACAAGCUAACUUCUGUGGUUAACCUCUACAAAGAGACGGUAGAAAAACAGGAAGUGAACUGCAAUGGAGGCACGGGAGCGUCUGUUGAGACAGUUUCAGAGCCUGCCAGCCCAAUCAGGAGUUACCAUCUUAUUGAUUUCUGUGCUUUUGAUGCGUCACAACCAAAUUCAUCAGCGUCGCCGGCUGACGCUUCUCCUAAUCACGGAGCUUCAGAGGACUCCAAUGCCCUCCUGCUUUUUGAUGAUGACAUGGUGUCUCUGGGGGUUGCAAGCCCCUUCCCCUCCCCGAUGAGUCCCUCCAGGUCCUACUUUGAGGAGCUCAUCGAGCUGGAGGAUAUCGUCAGCACCCCAGAGCGACCAGCCAACGAUACUGGACUUCAGCAAAGGUCUAACGGAACAGGUCCCCUCCUCAUUCCGAGGGGUUGUGGAGUAGACUCCGUAUCCCAGAAUGGGUCCUCAGGGGCAGCUGUCCAACUCAGACCUGCACUGGGUAACCUGGGUAACCAGAAUCAACCCUCUGUGAUGUCACAGUCUCCCUCAAAGAAUAUCCUUCCUCCACUGGACAAGUCGCUGACGGACAUCUUUGUGUCUUUAGAUUCUGUGAAACCAAGCCGGCUGGAGCCAAUCACGGUGUACGACCGCUGGGGGGUCCAUGUGUGCCUGCACUUCUGCCGCGACAGCCCCCCAACACGCACGGACAUCGCCGUGGUCAUCGUCUCCACGGUGAACACGUCAGCACUGCCCAUAUCAGACGUCCAGUUCCAGGUUGCCGUCCCAAAGAGUAUGGUGGUGAAGUUACAGCCGGCCACAGGGAAGGAUCUUCCCCCAUACAACCCUCUGCUGCCCCCUGCCUCCAUCUCUCAGAUCCUGCUGCUGGCCAACCCUCAGAGGUCUCCGGUACGCCUUAGGCACAAACUGACCCUCAAACAUGGUGACGAGAUGAUCAACGAGCUGGGCGAGAUAGACCACUUCCCUGAGUGGUACUCCUGGACCAGGUCUUGACCACCACCACUGCGGCAAGGGAGAGCAGGUGACUGAGGGGCACUGCUUGGAACAGCCAGGGGAACAGACUCCGGAACAUGACUCCGAUAACAGAAUGAAUGCUGCAGGCAAGGCAAACGCAAUGUGUGCAUGUGUGUGUGGAGAAGGGGGUAUGGAAUGGUAGUAUUAGAAAUUAUUUUGUCCGAAGGAAAGAAGAUUAAUACCAAGUGUGUGCGUGUGCGUUUGUGUGUGUGUAAAGGAAAUUCACUGCCUUUUAAUGUGGUGGUUGUGUGAAGCCAUAGAGAUUUAACGCCAAAAAAAUGUGUGUUAGUUUAUUGUUGCUGUGCAUUAUCGACAAUCUCACUGUGCCAAGCCAUUUUUAAAAAAUAGUUUCUGCAUUUUACAGACAGGACAGCGGUACCAGCCUUUGAUUUUGCAAACCAAUGUUUUUAUUCAAGAUUUUUAUAUUUUUUUUUUUUUUUAACAUGGCUGACAUCUUUGCACUGCAGUUGUUCUAUUUAUUUAGCCAAGGUUGUGUUUUGAUGUAACUGCUGUCACUAAAGUUGUUUUUGUUGCUAAAUUGAUUUAGACAUAGUGUGUUUUUUGGGUUGUUGUAUCUUGGCAGAUUAUUACUUAGUUUUAUGCACUGGUAUCCAGAGAAA